GCCGAAUUGAAGAGAUCGAGCAAUGGCAGCGACCUUGGGCCGCGUCUUCCUCCCUGCGCCCCUCCGAGCCCUUGCCAGGCAUAGCGCUGCAGCGAACGCCAAGAACACGCCCGGCGGCUUCCUUAUUAGUGUCAGGUGCACAGGCAAUGGCGCUGACGGGGCGUUGCAGGCGGAGCCGGAGGUUGUGGUGCCGCGGUCAGUGCCAGUGCACAUCGCAUACGAGCUUCAGCAGGCCGGCCACCGCUACCUCGACGUCAGAACCGAGUCUGAGUUCCGUGAUGGCCAUCCCGAAAGAGCUGUAAAUAUCCCCUACAUGUUCAAGACCGGCUCAGGAAUGAUGAAAAACUCACACUUCCUUGAGCAAGUGGCAAGGAUCUUUGGGAAGGAUGAUGAUAUCAUCGUGGGAUGUCAAAGUGGCAGGAGAUCUCUCAUGGCAGCAACUGAGCUCUACUCUGCCGGUUUCACUGCUGUGACCGACAUCGCCGGUGGAUUCUCUUCGUGGAGGGAGAACGGACUGCCUAUUAAUCAGUGAUGUUAGCUCCCCAACAUUGCCUAACGAUCUGCCAAGGCUGCUCUCCUUGGGGAUACACAUUGCAAUCUUCUCGGUGGACUUUUUAAUUAAUAGUAUACAGAAUAAAAUGGAGACUGGAAAAUUGAACAGAAGGAAGGAUAGCAGAUUAGGGGUUUAUGUCUCAUUUCACUUGCUCCCUUUAGUAUC